GUUCAUUCUACCAAACUCCGUUCACUCGUGGAUAUCGUCGUGCUUUAGGAGGUUUGCAGGAGAGCUAGCAGUACCACAACACUGAGUAACAUGUCCGAGCCCGUGGCCGAAGGCAAACGGUUAAGUCCCAUCGACGAGCUGAUAUCUCCAACCGUGCGUGUGAUACGAGAGGUGUACGAGGGCGAAAAUGCACACGAAAUGUUCCAGACUGACCUCAACAAGGCGUUGUUCGAUAAAGUGCGCUUUAUCGUCAUCGAACCGACGCGCUUGGGUGAGGAGACAGAACGGUGGAUUGCGGUCGGUAACUGUCUGCACAAAACUGCCCUGCUGAGUGGCGGAGCGUCGAUAGCAAUCAGUCUACUUUGGCAGGAUAAGCUAACAAUUUACAGUGCUUCCUUCUGCGUCGCGUCGAUGUUCUGCACAAGCCUCUACGCAAUCUGCUGGACCUGUGAUCCUUGCGUCGAGUAUCAGGUUGAGCGAAAGCAACGGAACCUCAUGAAAAUACCCAUCCCUGAGGGAGCGUCUUCACCAGUCGUGCUAGUGCAUACAGGCAACCGCCUCACGACGAUUAGUCACCGAAUAGUGACCGCCCUAGCCACGUCCCUAUGCAUGUGGACCGUGUACAGAGCACUAAAAUAAGCGAUACCUCUGAAAGCGGCGGAAAGUGUUGAAUUGUUUUCCUCCGUGGCCCAAACUUUAGGCUCGUACGUGUUUCAAUUUUUUCACACCGCAUCGUACCUGUUUAUAGACAGAAGUUGUUGCGAAGAAUCACUGCCUUUUGCAGAGUGAAAAAGCAUAAGAGAAAAGGAUAAAAGAGGGAGAGAAUGCGAGAGCGAACGAGCGAGGGAUGCAGGCCGAACCAGAACCAUCUGUAACAUGUUCACUUUUGUUACUUCACUCCGAUGUAGUGAUGAUAAAUUGCUCAAAUGAAUAUGCCAUUCGGAGACCCAAACUGAUCAUUGACUGAAGAACUCGAUAUUGCCUCGAAACCCAGAUUUAAUUUUCCUGUUUGAGGUGUGGUUGUUUGUGCACUUUUGGGGCAUGUUAGUGUGUUCAGUUUAUUGCAGUUUGAACCGCCCGGAUACACAUACAACGUGCUCGCCAAAGGAUCUUGGAAAGUAUCCUGUAAGCGAAAAAAACGCGUGUUGCUAGGGAAUCGAAUCGUCAUCGAAUCAGCUUUAAAAAGCAUUUCUAUGUGGUGUAUCCGCGACUUCAAUAAUUAUUAUCAUUAGAGACUUGGUGUGUAGGGGUUGUAUCGUUUUGUAUGUAAUUUAGGACUGUGUUUUUAUUUGGAUUUAUUUUUCAUCUGUUCAUAUUAUACAUCCUUGAAGCGCGGUUAUAAGUAAUGAACAAGGCUGAAUAAAAAAAGAUGAAGGCUGAAGAUCAUUGCGCUUGUGAAGAACAAUUCAACUGCAUUUAAAAAUAAACUUUGAGCUACAGCGCAUCACUGGAGGUGGUAUUUGAUCCAUCAUUAGGAGCUGACGGUGUUGUCAGUGUACAGAAAAUUCUUGUGGCGAAGGAAGUUAUACGAAUAUGCACCCGUCUAAGAGCAAAAGAACGAACGAAUUGCACUUUCAAGGGAUAGGAACAUUUGUUGAUCGUUUUCGUGUGAGGAAAAAUCUUAAGCCCAGUCAGCCCUUUUUUUGUUUUUACUUAAUUUCUAUCAGUGCAUGAACCAAUCGAAAUCUCCCACCCCUUGCGCACACCGUCGUGAAUCGAUAUUAGUCGAACGCUAAUUAAAAAUGCCAGGGUGUUAGGCAAAAAAUAAGAAAGAGCCAAAAUCAUGGGGCCGAUAGACCUUAUCGCUUACCAUAAUAAAGAAGGGGAAAGGGAGUAGAGACGAGAAGGAAAUUUACUAGCCGAAUAUAACGCGCGAUAAAAAUCGCUGAGUGAAUAAUCACAAAUAAAAUGAUCUGUAUCCUCACUCCCUUCUUUGUCCUCCAUUGUACAGUAUAUACUGUUAGAGUAUUAGAGAGUUAAGUGCAACAGGUGUUGUUAUCAGGGCGCAAAGUAGUUGGGUAGAAGGGCCACUAUUUGAUGCUAUCCCACGUUCGAGAGGAUCGAUUAUGUUUUUGUGCCGAUUAUUCUUCGCUAAUGUUUGUGAAGGAUUAGGGUAAUUUAAAACGCCAACUACAGAUAUGUUUUAGCAGAGCUACUUCGCGCGCACAUCCCCGCAGGGCUGUAGUAUAUAUUGAACAAAUCGCUGAUGGGAAAGAAAGCAAUAGUGUUGAAAAACAAACGAGAGCGAAAUAUUGAACGAUAAAAAGCUGGCAACGAGCAAAAUAGGUAUCGGUGGAUGCUGGCGUAGACAAAUGCUUUAGAGUGUUAAUGAUAUAACUGUGAAACAACUGUAAGUUAUCCGAAGCAAACGGUUAAAAAGUUUAGUUUUCAAUAAAAAAAUCUC